GUUAUUACUUCGAACAAGCACUUGCUUAUCAUUUUAUAUACUUUGGCGUUAUCCGCAGUGUGUUAUGUGUAUCACCAGCGAGUUCGCUGAAGCUUAUUGAGUUCGGAUUCAACAAAACAAACAGAGUAGUGAACCGUGCAGUUUGUAUAGUAUCUUGAUGAGGUAGUUGACAUUAAAAGAACUAAAAUGAUGAAAAGUAGCAGAAAAACUCGAUUAAAACGAAGUAGGGCGGCACGCGAAGCAAAAGCACAAAAUUCAGGUAUUGUGACGUCAGACGAAGAAACAAACAACAAAAGAUCGCGAUUUCGCCGCAAAAGACGGAGGAAAGAGAACGACGCAGAGGAAGAAAUUAUUGACGGGUUUCUGAUAAAAAGUUUCAAAAAUUUACCAGUUUUGCUCCAAGCAAGUCACAUAAAGGAAGUUACGAAGGAUAAAAGUGAAGCGAAAAUAAACGGGAAAGAUGAAAGUACGGAGACAAGCUCAGCAAAUGCAAGGGAGGAAUCCUAUGCAAGUUCAGUAGAUUCCACAUGCGGAGGUUAUUUGGGAGAAUCUGAGAAAAGUGAAGGAGAAGAAUCUAAGAAACCAGAUGAAGAAGAUUUCUUCCGAGCUCUCAAAUCAAACAUCUCCCUUCCCAAAGUUGAAAUUACCAAAGAAAGUAAAGUUUCACCGCUGCAAUCAAAUAAUAAUGUUCCAUCUUCGCUAAAGCCGAAGAAACUGAAUGUACAGCCCACUGCGUCUGUGGUUGCCGUGCCACGGAAAAGCAACGUUGUCACGCCAAUGGUCACAAUGGUGAAGCCCUCCACUUUGCACCAACAGCAACAACCCUACCCAAGUUUGUCACCUGUUCGAACACAGAGGUUAUCUUCACAAAGAUUCACGUUGCCCACCCCUAACCUGAUACCAUCUGUAUCACCCCACCCUAACUUUAUUGAUCAACAAAGCUUUCUACAUGCUGAACUAAACAGUCGUUUCCUCGCUUCAACACGAACCCCCAUUCGUCACCCCAACUUUCACCCACCUCACCCAGGGGUAAUCCCCAACUACGAAAACCCACGGCAAUAUGGGGGUUUCUUAAACUAUGGGGCUUUCCAACCAAAACUUGCCCCGGGGAUUCCCCAGAGAGUUAUGAUGCAAGAUUACCACAAAGAACAAUCAGCAUUGUCUUACAGGAAACCAACGAAACCUGGUCGUUGGUGUUCCCUCCAUGUAAGCAUCGCUCGUCUCAUUCAAAGGUUCCAGAAAAAAAAGCAGGAAAACAAGGGAGCUUUCCUAAAACCGGAACGUUUGUCGUCGUUUCACGCUCCAACGAACUUUCCUGAUCGUGUACCGCGACAUCAUGUGACUGCAGGACAUUCCGCAUCAUUUGGUGGCUUAGCCGACCUGGGUCGAGGUUGGAAAGGUUUAUCAUCAAUGUACGGACCAAGGGAGCAACCCGGUUCGAGCCGAACCAAACCCGAUUUCAAUCGUCAAGAUCGUGCUCAGAUUAUGACGGAGCUGACACGCCCCCCGCCACACCUACAACCAACAACCAAUCACAGAUACGAUUACUACCCCCCACCACAGGAGGUUAUGCCACCCAUGUUAACUUACCCCAUGCCCCCGCCCCCACAUGGACAAUACUACAUGCCACAGAUGGUGGGGUAUUACCCGUACGGGCCCCCGUUACCCCCUCACUACCUACGACCCCCCCACUAAAGGUGGUUCCAAUCGAUGUUUAUAAGAUUUCUAUUCGAUUCCAUCUCGUGCACAAUGGACUCCGGGACCGCGUGAUUCAACCAGAUCAGAUUCAAAUCGGCAACUCUCGUUGCAUCCAAUGUGAUGGGGUUUCCCCUCCUAUGACAUCAUAAUAGUAACUAUGCAAUCAUCAUGCAAUAAACAAUUCAAAAUAUUUAAUAUCGAAUCAGGAUAAUUUAAACUAAAACCUGAGUUUUAGCAGUGCUUCUCAACCCAAUGAUCAUUAGUAUAAUGUUAGGGUACAAACAAGCUUUACCCUGCUGUUAGGUGCCUAUACAAACAAGCAGAGCCAAAGUAUAUUGCAUUCACCACAUUAAUCAAUGAGGUUCCCUACGUUUGACAACUAUAAAUGUAACUGUCACCCCAAUAUUUCACUUGAGUUUCCUCAAUCAGGCCUUUGCUAUAAAUUUAAACUGAAUAUUGUGGCUCCCAAAUUAGGUUGAGAAGCACUGUUGUAAAAGUUACUGCUUAUCUGGUUACUACACUAAACAUGUGCUGGCAAAAUACUUGAUUUUUCUAAAGCCCAAAACUUUUUACUUUGCCCAAACUACUAUUGGUUCCAUCAUAAUGCUAUUUAUGUGUCACUAUCAGCUAACUAUGACAUCAUAAGCACACCAUGGCUUAACAAUGACACCAGUGUUAAGUUGAUGCAGUUAUUGUUGUGAACUUUUGCUUCUUUGUCUUUUUAAAGUCAACAGUGAGAUUAAACAUCAAAGAAAGAUAA